AAUGUCAAAAUUUAAUGCAAAUUAUGUCAAAAGCAGCCAAUAGUAGUCUUCGUUCUAGCUCACCAUCUAUAGAGGAACGAGAGUCAAGCCGAAUACCUAUCGGUCAACAGAAAAUUGAUAUUAAUAAUGAACCUCGUGAAAUAAAAGAACUAGUAAAUAAACUUGUUCUUGAAUUUGGUGAUGUUAGGACUACAAAACGGAUAGAUCUUUUAUGGAAUUCUUCAGUCAAUACUAGGGCUAAAACCAUCCCACGUCCAUAA